GUUUAACAGAACACUCCAAGUGGGUUUUGUCUCCUAUUGCAGUUGUAUGUCGUCACACUGAGCCAAAGCAUGGAUAAAGCACGUUGAAACAAAGAAGGCUGAGUUUAGUCAUUAGGAAAACUAUUAAGUCACUGUCCCAUUGGAACACCCAACUGCGCCCAAGACCCAACCUCCGGGCUGAUGAUUUGAGGUUGUCCUGAAGAAUUUGGAGAUGUACAUGGUCUCCGUGGUGUGGUCAGACGACAACAACAUCCAGAUUUACAGGACCAUCGAGGACUUCAAGAAAAUGCAUAAGCAGCUAAAGAAAGCGUUUCCGGCCACCAAAAAAACCGAGAGAAGCGUGCCCAAGUUUCAAGUCACAAAGAAGGCGAAGGCGAACCAGAAGAACAGCCCCGCCAAAGCCCUCCAUUACCUGCAGCCCUUGCAGACGUACUGCAAUAAACUGCUGAGCUCCGACGUGCAGAUCAACCAGUCGGUUCACCUCAUCCAGUUUCUCCACCCCAAAGACGCGGAAGUGGAUCCCGAGUACUCCAAGAACGGCGUCGUCAUCAUGCCCCCCGAAGUCCCGCGAGGCGAAGUCCUGAGCCCCGGUGGCGGCACUGUGACUCGGCCGCAAACGUCCGAGACGUACAGGUGCUUGUCCCCCUACGAGACCAAGGACACCAAGAACAAGCCGUUCAAGGUGGCGCUGAAUGAGAAAGUGGACGUGGUCAUCAAAGACAAAGCAGGGUGGUGGCUUGUGGAGAAUGAAUACAAGGCCUUGGCUUGGUUUCCCGCGCCGUACCUGGAGAAGCUGGACGAUGAACCAGAAGAGGAUUGUAUCGACGGACUUCCUCAAAGAGGACUUUUGUACACCGUCACCAAGAGCUACGAAGCCACCAAAGAUGACGAGAUAACAGUGAGCCUUGGUGCAGUGGUCGAGGUCCUGCAGAAGUCUGAAACUGGCUGGUGGCUAAUCAGAUACAAAGCCAAGGCUGGCUACAUCCCGACCAUGUAUCUGAAAGCCCAGAACAACCGCACUUCGCAAGUGCGAAGCCCCCGUCAAGAGUCCAUCAGUCCCACCAGUCCCUCCCUCCUGUCCCCCACCAGUCCCUCCCUCCUGUCCCCCACCAGUCCCUCCCUCCUGUCCCCCAUCAGUCCCUCCCUCCUGUCCCCCAAAAGCCUGGACGUACAGUCGCAACAGUUGAGCCGCUCCCAAGAAAACAUUUUGCGGGCGUUUCCCCCUGCCAGGUCCCCGUCACCCAAGACCCUCCAACCAGCGAGCAAGAACUUGUCCAAAUCGGUCGAGGUCCUGAGUAAACCUCAACCGGCCCUGCCGGUUCAAACUGUCACCCAGCGGGUCAUCGCCCCGCCUCCCCCCAUAAAACGCAUCCCUACGCCCAUCAUCAAGGUGGAGAGCAAAGUGGACGACGAUCAGCGCCUAAGCCCCGAGGAGGACAGCGACAGAGAGUUCACAAGCGACAGCGACUUCAGCAGCGACGAACUCAGCUCCUCCUCGGCCAGCACGGUCUUGAACCUGAGUAUGAGCUGCGACGACUACACCCUGAGGCACAGCCGCACCCCUCCGCCACCGUCCAGGUACAGCCUAAGCCCAGACGGCAGCCUAGAGGGCAGACUCACGCCCAGUGUCUCGGAAUCAAACAUCUUUAAGAGCGCCAACGGGGUGCCGAAGGUGCCGCCCAGGCCUAAUCACAAGGACAUCCUAAUCCGCUGCACCACCGUCACGCGCAAGAACGCAAACAGGGCUGCGAGCCCAUCACCCACAUCCAUAGAAAGUCGGUAGACCACAAAGUCAAAAACUGUUCCAUGUCCAUUUACUUGUUUUGUAGAUUAUUGUUAUUGUAGAUGAUCACUAUCACUUUUCCAGUCUCUUCUGACACUAUUUUCCAUACUGGAAAUGUAUUGUGAAGUGUAUUAAUUCACUCAUAUCAUGUUCUAUGUUCAUAAUCAUCUUGGAGAAAGCAAACCACCAAGUUGAAGUAAAUAGUGGUAAUCCAGUUUGAGCACAUGAUAAGAUAAGGCCCCUUAGUUUGAUACUGGCAGGUGGAUUGGAUCACUUCUCGUAGGAAGGAGGCCCUAAUUGGGACUUCGGAAUGCAAAAGUGAUAGCCCUAUCCUUGAGAAGAGACUACCUGUCUAGUUCAAACGCCAACCUUUAAGUUAUGACUUAAAGCAGUUGUUUUCCCAGACAGACUCUGGACGGCCAUAUAAUAACAAAUGUUAUUUAUAAAGCACUUUUCAAGACGCUCAACGUUGGUAAAUAUAUAUUUUUUGUGUGUGUAAAGAAGGAUCUGUAUACUUGGAACAAAUAAAAGCAUGGUUAAAAAAAACUAGGCGGUGAACAAUAC